AUGGGUGUUAAUAUUGAAACUUAUGAAUAUUAUGAGGAAGGUUUAGAUCCUUUUCUUUAUACUGGUUUAGCUAGAGGAAGACAACAGGUGAUGAAGGUGAAAAAUAAUUAUCGAAAAGCACUAAAGCUUUUAAUUAAAUUAGCAUCCUUACAAUCUAGUUUUAUAAUAUUGGAGGAACAUUUAAAAGCGACCAAUUGCCGUGUUAAUGCACUUCGUUACAUUAUAAUACCACGAUUACAUACUAUUUUAACAUACAUCGCCUCCGAAUUAGAUGAACGUGAGAGAGAGGAAAUUUAUAGAUUAAAAAAAGCACGAACUCGUAAAAACAUGAUGCCAAAAAUAAUAAGAAAAUUAUCACCGAUCCAAUAUAUAAACGUAGUAAUAGAUGACACUGAUCAAGAUUUACUUUUCUAA